CUAGGACUGCUCAUUUCAUUUCAUUGCUUUCGUUUCCUCGAUCCGGUAUAUUGUCUAGCUUGAUCGGAUCCGUGUAGUUUAAGGAUAUCUCGUAAGUAUUCCAAUCAGAGGGUCUGCUACAUGGGAUACAAACUGGCUCUUGGCAAACUGCUGCAUGUAUUUCUCCCUCUCUUUCUCUUGGCUCCUCCAGGCGCCAAGCUGCGGGUGUGUCUGCAGCCAAGGGCUCCUUCCGAUCCUACUGCCUUGCCUUUUGCACCGUUGACAAAUGCGCACCCUCCGCGCCCCUAUUCUUCAGCAUGCCAACCGUACAGCCUCGCACUAUUGUUCUCGCAACCCACGGGAGGGAAAGCGCAAGGUCCCUUCAAUUACCCGCGCAUAGAGGCCAGUCCGCUAGGUCAGCCGGGUAGAGUGAAGGAGGGAGUGGCCCGCCACCAGCCAACCGCUACUUGGCUUUGGGCUAUUGCAGCGACACCAGGUGCAUGGAAUGUGAUCUGGCGCGCGGGCGGGAAAAGGAGAAACGGCGAAAACCCGCUCAAUCAUCUGGUGCGUGGACGUGAAAUUCCGCACUAUUUAGUGGUCGUGGGUGGACUUGUUUUCUAUAAAGAGAUUCGUCCAUGGAGCCUUGCGCGUGUCCUGGAGCCAUUCCUACACAUGCCCUUUUCCUCUCCUUUUUAUUCCUUGUACUAUUGGACAUCUUUUUGUGCCUGACAUAAUCCUGCGCCAAGAGAGUCCAUUUCCCAGAAAAUACCUUGAUACGCCUUGCCAGCUUUAAUUCUUGUUUUGUUUCUCUCCACUGCACACCACCACUUUAUUCCAUCGCC